GGGGAUACAUCCUGCGGGGAGAAAGCAAACUUAUUUUUAUUUGGUCUGAUUAAAUUGUCUAUCUUUGAUUUUGCCCCGCGAUGCCCCUCCUUCACACAAAGCUCCAAGUCAACACCUGAAAUAUAUCAUAUAUAAAUCACUGCCUUUUUUAUUAUUUAUUUUCCAGAAACAACAGAUUCGACCGAAACUCUCUCUGGCCCCGUGUUGCUCAUUCAAGUAGUAGCCAUGGGAGCCCAACAAUCCUCAGAAAGCUCCAAUGCUGGUGGCCCAGCUCCCGUCGCAAAAACUUGUUACUACGAACUGCUCAGUGUUGAGCGUUCUGCUACAGACGACGAGUAACUCUCUCCGAAUAUACCCCUCUAGGUCUUCCUACUGACCCUUUCUUGAAUAGAAUCAAGCGAGCUUACCGCAGAAAAGCACUCGAGCUUCAUCCUGAUCGCAACAUCAAUGAUGUCGAGACCGCCACACGCCGCUUUGCCGAAGUUCAAACCGCUUACGAGAUCCUAUCUGACCCUCAAGAGAGAGCUUGGUACGAUUCACACCGCGAUGCCAUCCUCAGUGGAAGAGACGGUGACGAUGACGGCCAACCUACUACGUUCCGCAAUGUGCGACUCACAUCGGCUGAGGAGAUCAUGGGCUUGAUCCGCAAGUUCAACGCUGCGGUACCCUUCGAUGACGAACCCACGGGUUUUUACGGAAUCUGCAGGGAAACUUUUGAACACUUGGCCAUGGAAGAGGAGGCUGCUGCUGACAACGACGACCUCGACGUCCGGGACUACCCAACUUUUGGAUCCUCUGACGAUGACUACGAGGAUGUUGUGAAACCGUUUUACACCACAUGGACUGGUUUCGCAACCGUCAAGUCAUUCGCAUGGAAGGAUAAAUAUCGACUCUCCGAUGCCCCCGACCGUCGUGUCCGCCGUCUGAUGGAGAAGGAGAACAAGAAGAUGCGGGAGGACGCCAUUCGCGAGUUCAAUGAUGCUGUCAACUUCCUCGUCGGCUUCGUGCGCAAACGAGACCCCAGAUACCUACCCAAUUCGCAGACCCAAGACGAGCGCCAGGCUUCCCUUCGAAAUGCUGCUGCGGCCCAGGCCGCUCGAUCGCGUGCUGCGAACCAGGAGCGCAUGGCAUCAUUCGAGGUUCCCGAAUGGGCCAAGGCUCGAUCCGACGACAAUGGAGCAGAGGGGGGGUUUUCAGAAUCUGAAGAGGAAUCAGAGGUUGAGAUUCUGGAGUGCGUCGUAUGCAACAAGUCGUUCAAAAGCGAGAAGCAGCUUGAGGCGCACGAGAAGAGCAAGAAGCACAUCAAAGCUGUUCAACAACUGCGUCGGCAGAUGAAGCGCGAAGGUGCUGAGCUGGAGCUUGAUGUGUCAUCACCACAUGAGGCAAAUGCGAACAAGCAAAAAGAUGUUGCAGCACAGAAAGACAAUGUUAAAGAGGAGUCGUUAGGAUCGACUCAAGGUGAAAUUGUAUCACCUUCUGCAGCGGAUUCGUCUCUUGCCGCAACACCUGCUGAGUCUGCAGACGCAUCAGACGACACCGACUACGCGCCCAGGGAUGUUGUCGAGGAGAGAAUAGCUUCAGCCAGCAAACUCAAAACGGCUGGCGAUGUGCCUAACGAAGACGAUGAACUAUCAGCAUCAGUGCAGGAUCUGUCUGUUGAUGAGCCUGCGCAGGGCAAGAAGGUCGGCAAGGCCAAGGCGAAGCGCGCCAAGAAAGCUGCGGCUGCACAGUCGCAGAAAGAAGAACCACGGUGCGGAGUUUGUGGGGAGACUUUCGCUUCUAGAACCAGGCUGUUCGUCCAUAUUCGAGAGGAAGGACAUGCGGAACUAAAAUCAGUGACUGGUGGAGGCAAGAAGAAGAGGUGAUUAAGGAUCUAACGCACACGAUAUGCAUAUUGCAUUCGGCCAUAUCACCACUCGGCAGGUAACAUCAGACAGCGCGUGAAUAACGCGUUGUAUCACGCAGCCUGAAACGACAAUAUCGUGAUAAAGAGUGUCAUUCAAAUCGAAUUCAAUGUCUAUCCCGACGCAACGCCUGGUCCUGCCAAUCAUUAUGGGGUGCAGGAAAUUACAGCCAAAAAAAACGCCGGGCCCAAUAACCAAUCUAGGCCUCCUGAAUGGUAUCCGUAUCAUCGUCACUUAGCGUCUCAACUUCGUCAAUUGCGCCUUCGCGGCCCUCGCUUGAGCCUCCGUGGACUGCGUUUCGCUGCGCCACAUGGAUAAUCGACUUGCCUUGAACGUGCUUCACGCUACGCUUCCAGUCCUGCCAGUCCUCCUCGCUUCGAAUCAGAAAACCUAUCAGCAUACUAGGAUCCAUCUCGCGGACAUGGAUGCGGCGCAGUCGAGCAGUAUGACACGAUUCUAUCUCUUCGCUGGUGUAAUCCAUCGGGUUCUCGUGGUAGGGGAGGGCGGGCCUUGUAUGAUGAGGAUCAAGGUAAAAUAGGAAGGAACCUUGCGAGCCGAUGAAGUAAUGGGAUGAGGAUGGACGGCCUCUGCGCAUGGUCAGUACUAUGAAUGUACGAAGAGUAGCAUGCAGUACUCACCCUGCGAUACCAACGGACUGCGGCAUCUGAAGAGCUGCAAUCAAAGCUUCCCAAUAGACGGGAGUUAUCUUAUCUAAUCCCAGCCGAGUUCCUACCAAUACAAGCGUGGGGUGGAAGGCUUCGCCGGUUGGAUUCGCAAUUUUCAUAAAGUCAUCUUCGUAGACAUCAGGCCCAUCGCCAGUGGAGUAUACCCUGAUUGAGGGCUCAUGUGAGUUCGCCAAUGCUCUUCACGUUAUGUGUUAGUGCGGAUAUCGUGUGUAACGGUGGUGAGAACCCGGACGUAC